UGUUGCCAUGGCAACAUGACAAACACAAAAAUGGCGUUCCUUCAAUGGAGCUGUCAGGAUGUGGCGAACUGGAUAGACUCACUAGGAUUUCCCCAAUACACGGCAUGCUUUACUGAGAAUUUCAUCACAGGCAGAAAGCUGGUUUACGUAAACUGCCGUUAUUUGCCACGAUUAGGAAUCACUGACUUUGAACAUAUCAAGGCGAUUUCAGCACAUGUCCGUGAGCUGCUAGGCGUCUCAGAGCCAUUGUGGAGUCGCAGUAUUGCAGACCCUCAACGAGAUGAUAUGGGCAUGUUUUUGGAAGUCAAAAGCAGGACUGGGGAAAGUGCUGAUCCCCUUACCUAUGCUCAGUUCCUCAAUUACCAAAAGAAGUAAACAGCAAGAUUACAGUAUAAACAGCUUAUGAAGUUCAAUAAAAAAAAAAACCCUGAAAGACAUUAAAGCUUUUC